AGGUCGAAGCUGGCAUUGAACUGGAUACAAUGGUAACCAAGGGCAUGUACACGCUUAGUUCAUUCAUCUCUAAAGCAAAUGGACCUUUUACUGUCAUCUUAAAAAAGGUUUAUGUCAAGGCUAUAGCCUCACUGCAAGUCCAACGUGAUGGCCAUUUAACCACCGAACGUAUUAAAAUGGAUAUAACUUUCAAGGACAUGUCAAUGGAUUUCCAAAACCUAGGUUUCUUAGGUACUGUUUUUCAGGGUAUAGUAAACUCUGCACCCAAUCUGGUAUUUGAUGCGAUGAAACCAUUUAUGCUGCAGGAGGCUGAUAAGAAGUUGCGCGAAGAAAUCAAUAAUAAUAUUGUUAAAUUAAUGGGUGAUAAGCUGUUGCCUAAUUCCAUAACACCUCUAGAUAUGGCCAUUGCCGAGGGUCGCAAAAAAGUACGUGAAAUGGGUUACGAUCCCUACCGCAUGCCCGACUAUAAUCGUACGGUGGGUGUGUUUAGCAUGCAAAUGUCAAACACUUGGAUUAAUGGUAUUUCCUCGUUUUAUCGUGUGGGCGAUGUUGUGGUUUCUAUGGAAAAUAACACUGUCACCCUUAAGGUUAAAGUUGGCACCCAACAAAUAGCUGGUGCCGGUCAAUGGGAAGUGGGUUGUGGUCUUGUGUCACGUGUGGGACAUGUCCAAUUCACCGUUCAGCAUAUACGUAUAACUGUUAGUGUUAGUCAAGCUUUAGAUACACGCAAGAGACCGGUUAUUAAUGAUUUACAAAUUGAUUUGGGUAAUAUACAAGUGCGUUGUGAUGGUGCGGGUACUUUGGAUUAUAUUAUGGAAUUUGUUGUCAAUAUUUUACCAAAUAUUUUGCGUUAUCAAAUUAUGGACGCUUUGGAGAAUCCUAUUAAAAUGCGUAUACAAGAAAAAUUCAAUACCAUCGAUGUGGAACAGGCUAUUAAGGAUAAUAUUGAUAAAUUCCAAGCUGAUGGUAAAAUGUCAUUUGAUUUUAAAAUAUAAUUUAUAACUGCCAUCUAAGUGUGUUACAUUAAAACGUGGAAAUAGGUCGUAUGGAAACUUUGAAACGUUUCAUAUAUGUUAUCCUUGAUAGAUUAAUAAAUAAAGCCUGAUUUAUUUAAUAAACAA